UCCUCAAAUUUUCCACUAUGCUCGUCAUCAUCAUCAUCUUCUUCUUCAUAUCUAUUACUUCCAUCCCCAACUUUUCAACCGCGUUUGAUACCUUACACACAAACCAAACACUCUUAGAUGACGGCGUAACCGCAACCGCAACCGCAACGCUUGUCUCCGCUAGUCAAACAUUUGUCCUAGGAUUCUUCAGCCCGGGGACCUCAAGAAACCGAUACCUCGGAAUCUGGUUCGGAAACUUGCCGGAACAGACAGUGGUCUGGGUGGCUAACAACAAUAACCCAAUCCCAGAUUUGUCCGGUGCCCUCAUUCUCACACCCACCGGAGACAUAACCAUCACCCAAACCAAUCAAGCAAACAUAGUUUGGACCUCAAAUUCAUCUUCAUCGUCUCCAGGAAUCAAGAACCCUUCCCUGCAGCUCCUGGACAACGGUAACCUGGUCGUGAAGAACGGCCAUAGCUUCAUCUGGCAAAGCUUCGACUAUCCCGGCAAUACACUGCUUCCUGGGAUGAAGCUCGGGUGGAACCUGAAAACAAAAACAGAAUGGUAUAUGACAUCCUGGAGAACCCAAAACGAUCCCUCCACGGGGGAUUUCAGUUUCACGUAUCGACUAGACAUUCUUGGACUUCCGACCGUAAUCCUCCGCAAGGGUGAAACUAUACAGUUCAGAACUGGAACGUGGGAUGGUACCAGGCUGGGCCAAUACUCAUUGUCGGAUCUCUACUACAUGGGUGUUUUUAAGAUCUCUUUAGUUUACAACGAUGAAGAUGCGUAUUUCUGGUACCAAUCUCUUGAAGCCUCGACUAUUUCGAGGUUAGUGGUGACCCACACAGGGGUGAUGACGGUGUAUAUAUGGAGCAAAAACAAGAAGGGUUGGCUCGAUACUAAUCCCAUACAAGGUGACCAUUGUGACACAUAUGGAACCUGCGGUAACAACAACCUAUGCAACGCCAUCAACCUGCCUCCAUGUGAGUGUCUGGAUGGGUUUAAACCGACAUCGCCUCUCGAAUGGGAAGCGCUUCAGUGGUCCAGCGGUUGUGUUCGGCGGAAGGCGUUGAACUGUAGCGAACCGCAAGGGUUCAAGAAGUUGUCAGACAUAAAGUUGCCUGACAAUUCCAGGAUGUUGGGGAACGGGACAGCAAUGAGUUUGGGAGAUUGCGAAAAGGCGUGCUUAGGUAAUUGUUCUUGUUCAGCCUAUGCUUGGGCUGAGGUUGUUGGAUGUGCUGUGUGGUAUGGUGACUUACACGACAUGAGAUUGUAUUAUAGUGAAGCACAGGAUCUAUACGUUCGAAUGCCUGCGUCUGACCUUAUUGGACCCAGCAAAAAGGGGAGACAACGAUUGGCUUUAAUUGCAUCAUCAGUAUCAAUAAUCAUAGGGCUUGUCUUCCUGGUCAUAACUACCUGGUAUGGCUUUCAUGCAAUGGUUGCUAGAAGGAAAAGAAGAGUUAUAGGAAACGAAGAAAGUAUUGAAUUACUAGGGGAUUCAUUAGAGCUACCAAUAAUUGGUUUUGAUGAACUAGUGGCGGCUACCAACAACUUCAGUGAUGAUAACAAGCUUGGUGCAGGAGGAUUUGGUCCCGUGUACAGGGGGAUAUUAACAGAUGGGCAAGAAAUAGCUGUAAAAAGGCUAUAUAGUUUUUCAGGACAAGGCAUUGACGAGUUCAAGAAUGAAAUAUUAUUGAUCUCCAAACUCCAACAUAGAAAUCUUGUUCGGCUAUUAGGUUGCAGCAUUCAUGGUGAAGAGAAGUUACUUGUCUAUGAGCAUAUGAAAAAUAAAAGCUUGGAUAUUAUCCUCUUUGAUCCAACGAAAAAGGUACAACUUGACUGGGCAAAACGUCGGAACAUAAUACAAGGUAUAGCCCGAGGACUUGUCUAUCUCCACAGAGAUUCUUGUUUGAGGAUUAUUCACCGAGACCUCAAGGCUAGCAAUAUUUUAUUGGAUGAAGACAUGAACCCAAAAAUCUCAGACUUCGGGUUGGCGAGAGCAUUCAGGGCAACAGAAGAACUAGCAAAUACUCAUAGGGUUGUGGGAACCUUUGGUUAUAUGUCACCCGAAUACGUCAUGAGAGGAUUAUUUUCUGAGAAGUCCGAUGUUUAUAGCUUUGGUGUAGUAUUGUUGGAGGUUGUGAGUGGUAGGAAAAACGGUGGAUUCCAUAGCAAUGAAGAGCAUUUCAGCCUUCUCAAUUAUGUAUGGCAAUUGUGGAUUGAAAGCAGGGAAGUUGAUCUUAUCGACGAAUCAAUUAGCAACUCGUGUUGUUUUACAGAAGCAGUGCGGUGUAUAAGGAUAGGAUUGCUUUGUGUGCAGGACCAUGUAUCAGACAGGCCAACAAUGUCAAAUGUAGUGUUGAUGCUAUGUAGUGAAGUAGAUAUUCCUCAGCCAAAACGACCAACAUUCACAUUCCACAGCUUGUUGGAUUCUGAUUCCAAGUCACGCAGCUCCAGAAAUGAAAUCACUGUUUCCUUAACUGAAGGCAGAUAG